GGGCAGGCCCAUACCAACCACAAGAAGGUAGCUGCAGAUGGAGAGAGCAGAGAGGAGACCUUGAUUCAGGAAUCGGCUACCAAGGAAGAGUACUACAUGAAGAAGGUUAUGGAGCUGCAGACAGAACUAAAGCAGCUGAGAAAUGUCCUUGCCAACACCCAGUCUGAAAACGAACGCCUUACUUCUGUUGCACAGGAACUGAAAGAGGUCAAUCAGAAUGUGGAGAUCCAAAGGGCCCGUCUGCGAGAUGAUAUUAAGGAAUAUAAAUUCCGAGAAGCACGUUUGCUGCAAGACUACACUGAGCUUGAAGAGGAAAACAUCUGCCUCCAGAAACAAGUGUCCGUCCUGAAGCAAAAUCAGGUGGAGUUUGAAGGCCUGAAACAUGAAAUCAAAAGGCUUGAAGAGGAAACAGAAUUUCUCAACAGCCAGCUAGAAGAUGCCAUACGGCUAAAGGAGAUCUCUGAACGGCAGCUUGAGGAGGCAUUAGAGACACUGAAGACAGAGCGAGAGCAGAAGAACAAUCUUCGAAAGGAGCUUUCUCACUACAUGAACAUCAAUGACUCCAUGUACAACAGCCACCUGAACAUCUCUUUGGAUGGACUGAAGUUCAGUGAUGAAGCCACAGAGCCCAAUAAUGAUGAAAUCAUGAAUGGAUUUGAACAAAACUGCCUCAGCAAACUCAGCAAUGGCAAGAAUAGUACAUCAACACCCAAGAAAAAUGAAAGCUUCCUGCCAGCCCCAAGUCUGGUUUCAGAUCUUCUAAGUGAAUUAAACAUUUCUGAAAUCCAGAAGCUGAAACAACAGCUUGUACAGAUGGAAAGAGAAAAGGUGAACUUGUUGACAACACUACAGGAAUCUCAGAAGCAGCUGGAAAAUACGCGGGGAGCCCUCUCAGAGCAGCAUGAGAAAGUUGGCAGACUCACAGAAAAUCUGAAUGCAAUGAAGAAGCUCCAGGUCAGCAAGGAACGUCAGUCUGCUCUUGACAAUGAGAAGGACCGAGACAGCCAUGAAGAUGGAGACUAUUACGAAGUUGACAUCAAUGGGCCAGAGAUCCUAGAGUGCAAAUACAAAGUGGCUAUGGCAGAGAUUACUGACCUAAAAGAAGAGCUUAAAAAUCUUAAGGCCAAAUACAAAGAAUGUGAGUCUAAGUAUGAGGAAGAGAAGAGCAGAUAUGAGACUGAGAGCCAAGCUCUCACUGAAAAGAUCACCUCAUUAGAAAAAUCCAGUAGGCAUGAUAGAGAACAGGUGGCCAGACUGGAGAAGGAGCUGAAGAAAGUCAGUGAUGUUGCUGGAGAAACACAGGGCAGCCUCAGUGUGGCCCAAGAUGAACUGGUCACCUUCAGUGAAGAACUGGCCAAUUUAUACCACCAUGUCUGCAUGUGCAACAAUGAAACUCCAAACAGAGUGAUGCUGGAUUACUAUAAGGAAGGUAAAGGUGGACGCAGUAGUCCAGAGACCAAGGGAAGAAGGUCUCCCAUUCUUCUUUCUAAAGGGCUGUUAACUAUAGAGCUAGGAAAGGGAGAGAAUGGAAGCGGUGACAGCAGCCCAUCUCCAGUGUCAUCUCUGCCAUCUCCUGUGUCAGAUCCUCGGAAGGAACCAAUGAACAUUUACAACUUGAUCGCUAUAAUCCGGGAUCAGAUCAAACACCUGCAAGCUGCUGUGGACAGAACAACAGAGUUGUCCAGGCAGCGUGUUGCCACUCAAGAACUUGGGCCAGUGGUGGACAAAGACAAGGAAGCUCUCAUGGAAGAAAUUCUGAAGUUGAAGUCCCUGCUGAGCACCAAGAGAGAACAGAUAGCAACGCUGAGAACUGUGCUGAAGGCCAACAAACAGACGGCAGAGGUAGCCCUUGCCAACUUAAAAAGCAAGUAUGAAAAUGAAAAAGCUAUGGUUACAGAGACAAUGAUGAAGCUGCGGAAUGAGCUGAAGGCUUUGAAAGAAGAUGCUGCUACCUUCUCUUCCCUGAGAGCAAUGUUUGCUACAAGAUGUGACGAAUAUGUCACACAGCUGGAUGAAAUGCAGCGGCAGCUUGCAGCAGCUGAGGAUGAGAAGAAGACUCUGAAUUCCUUGCUUCGGAUGGCUAUCCAGCAGAAACUGGCACUGACCCAGCGCCUGGAACAUUUGGAGCUAGACCAUGAGCAGUCCAAAAGGGUGCGCACAAAAUCUGCUUCCAAAGCCAAGAGCAGUAACCCUAGUGUAAGUCAUAUUCGGUCCUGCGGAGACAGGUCUGAAGGAUCUGUCCUUAACAACCAAGUUUUUUGUAGUGAGAAAUAUAAAAUCUAUUGUGACUAGGACAGGUGUGUAGAAAAAUCAUAUUAUGCAUCUUCUUUUAUGCUGUAACUGCCAGCGUAAAUCCCCACUAUCUAAUGUCGCAGUGAGUUGACUUGUACUAGUAUGUUGUUGAACCAGGUAAUACAAAUUGUAUUAUGGUGGUCUUAACUGUAACUAAUUCAUAAGUAUGGGGACACUAUUAACAAGUUAAUAGUGGAAAGGAAUUAGCUUUUACCACAAUUAACAUGUAUGGGUUUUGCUGUUUAUGGUUAAGUGUUGAAAGAGUACACCAGAUAUACUAUAUCUGGUG